GAUGUCAGCCUCCAUGAAUGACAAAACUUCUUCCUGAUCUUCUUAUUGAUUUCAUCUAAAAAACUGCUUAUACGUUCGAGAUAUGGUCUUGAAGUGAAACAUUAAGUAAAAAUCAUAUACCGGUACUUUAAAUCAAUAAAUGCGAUGAGAAAAAAUAAUCAAAAAUGAGAAAAUAAUAAUCAUAUAUUAAGAACAAUGUCCUCAAUGGAGCUUGAUGAGGCAGAUGGAGCUGGAGCAAGGGCUGAUUGUCAUCAAUCAUCAGAAGACAGUGACGAUGAUGGCAUGUACUGCUUUGAGUCGGACCACCUUGCUCUCAAAGGCAACAAAGACUAUCAGAAACUUCUCAGAACUUUAGUCGUGCUCGAAUCUCAGAAACAACAGGCAAUAAAUGAUCUGGAUUCAUUAUUGGAAUGCCAAAAGGUAGCGCUGCAGGAUCCCAUCAGAUUUGUGAAGAAUCUUCAGGAUGGUGUCAAUAUGAGCUUCCCACAGCCUGUGAAGAUUGCAAAAAUGCCUGAGAUUGAUUGGGAUAACUACAUCUAUGGAUCUGGAUCAGACCAGUUUAAUCUUGAAUUUCUAAAGCCGAUGACGCGAGGAAAGAAGGGUGGUUUUGAGACGGCAUCUGUUGUGAGUGACACCGCAGAUUCGGAAUCCGUCUCUGCAAGUAGCAUGAGUCAGUUGGAUAGCCAGCUUGGGGACAUCGAUACCAUGACUGUCAUCAGGGGGCGCAUCAAAGACGAGACAAAGCCCGAAACAUUUAACCAACUAUGGACUGUCGAGGAACAGAAACGCUUGGAGGAUUUCCUUGUGAAAUAUCCUCCCGAAGAAGUUGAAGCCAAACGCUGGCAAAAGAUUGCCACUGCACUUGGUAACCGGUCAACAGCGCAGGUCGCCAGUCGGGUGCAGAAAUAUUUCAUCAAGUUAGCAAGAGCUGGGCUUCCAGUCCCCGGUAGGGUACCAAACAUGACAACUCAUAAUAAAAAGAUGACCACCCACAAACAUCAACGACACAACAAGUUUUAUUACCAACCGUCCACGUUCAUGCAGGCGUACGAGCCCCCAGUCUAUAUGUCUGAUGAUGAGGAGGGGGGUUAUGUCAAUGAGACAAACCAUGUCGGAGAUGUCUCUGAUGAUGAGACUGUCCCGGUCAGACUGCGGAACACAAACGAGUAUCAGGAACUCAUGAAGCUGAAGCGAAUAAGAAAGCAGCGCCUUCAGGACGUGGGAGCUGACAGUGGUAUUGCACAUCAUGUGGGUUACAAGUGUGAUAAAUGUGAAUGUGAGCCUAUACUUGGUGUCCGGUGGCACUGUGAGGACUGUCCAAAUGAGCUGGCCAUAGAUCUCUGCCAGGAAUGUAUAGACAGUCCAUUUGAAACAGCAAGUCACAACUCCAGCCAUCGAAUGAAUCCGAUUCAUUUUCCGCAAACUCAGGGUUUCUUGGAUAAAGACUACACAAAAUUCUCACAGGAAGGAUACAAUUAUCUUGAUCCAAACUUUAUGCCUAGUGCUUGACUAACUCUAUAUGGACUAAUACUGUCUGAUAAACCCUCAAAGCCAAAAAGACUAUUUUGAGAACAUUUCAGGACAUGUGUAAUUUACCAGAAAGUGGCAGUCAUGAUAUUCUUAUCAUCACAAAGUCGUUCUCUUUGUUUUGAGACCUUUGAAAUGAUUGAAUGAAUGGUCAAUAAAUUUUUCAA